AUGCCUGUCUCGGGCGCUCGUGCUUCUUGCGGCGACAGCUACUCCGUGCUCGCGACGCAACUCGCUAGAGUCAGGCGAACCUUUUUUCUCAGCGCGGGGGAUGUCGUCACGCGAAAGAAGCACGCUUUUGACGCGGUAAGUUUGGUUUUUGGGUGGAAGCUUUCCGCGUCCUCGGGCGUCGUCAACGAGUGCAGCCGUCUCAAUCUUGUGGACAUCCGGCCAGCAACGUCGGAAAAAGAGUCUCUUUUCCAGAGAUGUUCUGAAACUCGGCGCAGGAAACCUCUCGGCUUUCUGGACACGAUGAUAUACGCGACCCCUGUUGGCAGUCCAGGUCCGGGCGAAAGCGCGACAUGGCAGUCUACGGGAUUUGCGGCUUACUCCGCAAGCCCGAUGCCUUUGGGGGAGAGCUCCUACAGAACGCUGUUGGACCCAGAUCUGCAAGUCGCUUCGUUCGCAGGUUCCCGGAUUCUCGAUCCCCUGACAGACGACGACUGGUGGGAGAGCGCGUACGGCAUUUUCUUGGUGGGAGUGUCCGCGCAUGCAGGGCCUGAGAAGCCGUGCAUUGGCGAACGGAGAAGUGCAGCCAUUGCUGACGGCUUUGACUACACUACCUACGCACAAGUCGACGAAACCGUCCGCGCGCUCGGUUCGGGGCUCGCGGACCUUAUGCGAAAGGACGGAAUCAAACUGGAGACGUUCCCCGACGAAGAGCGAAAUGACGGCAAGUUUGCCAACGUCGGCAUUCUCCUCCAGUCCAGAAAAGAGUGGCUCUUCACGGACUUGGCCGUCUCCGCCUACCCUCCACUCACUUCGGUCACCCUCCACUACACCUUCCCUGCUGAGCAUGUCAAAAGCAUCGCCGAACAGUCCAAGCUCUCGUGCAUUGUCACCGACGUAGACAAGUUGAAGCUCCUCGCAGAGUUGAAGCCGUCGCUUGGGGAACUGAAGACCAUCGUUGUGAUGAGCGCGAGGUCGCCUCUGGAUCCGCCAGAAGAGCUGGAUCUCUCAGGAGAGAAAAAAGAGUUUGCGGCGCUCGGCGUUGAGUUGCUCUCCUUCGACGAAGUGAUUGAUAUCGGCAGGAAGCACCCGACGCGUCCGGUGGUCAAGCAAGACCCAGAGCGCGUGUUCACCAUUGUCUAUACUUCUGGAACGACGGGCAAUCCGAAGGGCGUGAUGCUCACAAACAGGAACUGGGUGGCGGUGAUUCGCGCGCUGCACAUUCAGAAUCGCACGACACUGGGGAUCACUCCCGACUUUGUGCACAUUUGUUACUUGCCGCUGUCACACGUCUUUGAGAGGGUGAUUGAGUACGCGGCGCUGGCACACGGCGUCCGCAUCGCGUUUUUCUCCCGGAAGCGUGAACUGAUUCCUGACGACUGGCGUGCGGCGCAGCCGUCGCUCGUCUUGAUGGUUCCGAAGCUCGCGACGACUUUGCUGGAGAAGAUCGAGGCGCGUCUAAACGCGCAGCCGCUGGUGAAGCGGCUCCUGGUCGGUUUCGCGGUCUCGCGAAAGCUGCGGUCGCCGUCGAAGGGGUCCCAGCCGAGUUUUCUCUACGACGCGGUGCUCGGGGGUUCGCGCAUCAUGCGCGAGCGGAUCUUUGGGUCUGCGGACAACAUGAAGUUCGCGGCGUGCGGCGGCGGGAAACUGGACCCCGCGGUCCAGCAGAAACUCGAGAAAUAUCUCGGCCUGAACAUCAUCCAGGGGUGGGGCAUGACCGAGACGGCGGGCGCCGGGAGCUGGCAGGCGUACCGCGGCGACGAUGCGUACGACAGCGUAGGCGGUCCGACGGCUUGCAUGGAGGUGAAAGUUCGUUCCUGGGAGAGCUAUGACGCGACCAGGGCGGAGCGCCCGCAGGGCGAGCUCCUCGUCCGCGGAGACAACAUCUUCGCCGGCUACUUUCGUCAGAAAGAGCUGACGGCGGAGAGUCUCGUCUUCGACGAUGGUGUCGGCGGAUCUGGGAAGAAGCCGUGGCUCCUCACCGGCGACGUCGUCGAGAUCCAGCCGAACGGCUCGAUGAAUAUCAUUGACCGGAAGAAGAGUCUGAUAAAACUCGCGCAGGGCGAGUACCUGCAGACGGAGAAACUGGAGGGCAUCUACGGCGCCAGUGCGUUCGUCGACAACAUCUUUGUCCACGGCUACGACUCGCAGUCGUACCCCGUCGCCGUCGUGGUGCCGAACCGGCAGAAAGUCCUGGCGUGGGCAAGGACCGCGUACGGAAGACGCGCGGAAGCCGAACGCGAGAGCGCAGCUCAGAGCGACGAGACGCUCUUCAAGACCGCGCUGGCGGACUUUGAGUUGAAGAAGGAAGUCCUUGCGGACUUCGACCAGCUCGCGAGAGAGGCCGACCUCCUCGGUUUCGAGAAAGUCAAAAACGUCUUCCUCACUGCGGACGUGUGGACCCCAGAGAACGGCAUGCUGACCCCGACCUUCAAGUCGAAGCGCACGCUGCUGGUCCGCAAGUACACGCCCGAGAUCGACGAGCUGUACAGACAGCUGGUGAACAAACAAUUCGUGGCGGAUGUGAACUCCGCAGUGGCUCUCAGAGACGCGCCGUGGUGGAGUCGCUUUCUCCUGCCCUGGCUGCGGUCGUGGUGGUCGUAGAAAAUCACUUUUCCAUCCCGACACACACACACAUACAUACAUCGCAGGGAAUGCACGAAAACGCAAAUACACGCUGGAACGCCGCGUCCGCACACGCGUUUUUCGCGUGGAGUGGAUUGAGCGGUUCGCGGAAGCGAUUGCCGAACAGCGUAUGGAGGAACAGCUGCAGCCUCGCACUGACACACAGAGUGCCGCGAAAAAAACGCCGCGGCACGCACUGGAAGUGUGUUGUAUACAGUUCGAAAUGUUUGUGCGACGGCUCCAGAGAGUGCUUUGUUGGUGAGACGUGGAAACCUGGCAUGCUGGCAAGAUGUGCAGGACUUUUGAACGCGCUGUGUACUUCUGCGUAGAGCAACGCACUUCUCGAUGCCGUAUUAAAACUAACUGCGCAAACUGACGCGGUGGGAAACAGGCAGGCGCCGAAGCCAGGUCAACCUGACGCUGGACGCUUUCAUUUGUCCGAGUCCGCGAGAAAAACUGUCGUGUCGAGUCACGAGUUCGAGAGGUUAGUUGCGCCAGAGAAAGGGAGGAAGACGCGCGCAGUUGCUUCUUCGUCGGUGUAGGGAAUCC